AGAGUUUAUUUAUAGACGUGUGUAGGAUAGAUGGCACGAGCGAUGCGCAGGAUCGAAAAUUCUAUGCUUGCGGUAUGUCCUUUUGCGCUGGCCGCGCGACAUUCGGUGUUUACGGUACCGUGUGCUCGCGUCUAAUCAGAAGCUUAUAGUGCGUGAUAAUCACCGAGCUGUAUAUUUGCUGAAUAUUGAUUGAAUUUCGUAUAGGAUUAAAAUCGGUUAUUUAUUGCGCAAUUGAUACAGUGAAUCAGUGAAGUCAACAUAAUGAUCAUCGCCGAGGUGACGGAGGAUCAGUGCGACCUCCAGACACAGUCGAACUACGAUUAUUUUUGCAAGAAAGACGCCCGCGGAGCUUAUGUCUUCGCGUUCGCCAACAAAGAUGCUCUCGAGCUCUCGGAAAUCUACGAUUACUUCUCCAAGUUUGAAGAUUUUAUAAGCGUGCGAAGUGCCGGCGACGAGAAAGGCUUACGCUUUAUCAGGUUCAAGACCUUCGAAGCCGCCAAGAAAGCCAUGGACAAGACCAGAAAGCAGCCUAGUAUUAAUUUGAUACCUUACGAGAAAACGAAGGAAAACACGGACUGGUAUCCCAAGAAGGAGCAGACAAGAAAGAGGUCCGAAAACGAGAAAAAUCUCGAAAACGCCAAGGGUGCUUCGAUCAAUAAGAUUAACGAGAUAAGGCUUUUGCUGAUAAAGAAGCUGACCUGUAAAAAGAGAGUCAGAUUUGCGAAUCCCGAAGUCGGGCACGAGCAGAAGUCCGACGAAACCAUCGGCAACAAUAAAAAGACUCCUCCUCGUUGCGCAAGCACAGACAAAGAAGUCAUCCCGCUCCUGGCAAGCAGCGCAUUCGAAGUCAUAGUGGCCAACUUACACCACUCCGUCGGCGCUGCCUACGUCCUCCACUUGCUCGAAAAAUACGAGCCGCUAGCCGUCAGCUACGUGAAAACUGUCCCCUAUAAAAGCAUCCGCUACUGCAGCGUGUACUUCAAGACAGCCGCCCAGGCGAUGAAGGCCGAGAGAAGACUCGAUCGGCUCGAUAUCAAUGGAAACAGGCUCAUCGUUCUACGCCCGACCACAGAUCUGAAGCGCUCGCGUACAAGCGAUAAUCACCGUGUCGAUUAUAAGUAAUUGAAAUAAACGUGUAACUCUUUCACAGUAAAUGCUCUUCUUCUAA